GUCAGAUUUCCUCUUCGGGCAGGAUGUCCGGCCAGGUCUGCUUCAAUCUUCCGGGUGGCGGCCGGCAGUCAUCACGAGUCUGGCCGGAAGUGUACCUAAUUCAGAAGAGCGCGCAUUGCAUAUACUCGACGCCCCGCUCCCGGCUGUUUAAUUUCAUUUCCUCAUCCACCGGAGCGGAGCAAAUUCCUAACUCAUUGACCGCAGGGGCCCCUCGCCGCCGCCCUCCACCCCCGUUCGGCCUUCUAUCCCGUUGCAGGCUGAAUCCCCGGCUCGAUAGUCCUGACAGCUCUCUGACAGCUUCUCUGUUCUGCGCUCCUAUUUAGCAGUCUAGUCGCGUCUCUUCCUCUUUGUCUUUUCCAUUCUCGCUUGCUUCUCUAGACUUGCGAAAUUACAACACACACAAUCGAAAAGAUGACUAUCGCUGUUGAAGUCCCUCCUGUUGCUGCGCAGCUGCCUGCUGAUUUCCUUUGGGGAUAUGCCACUGCUGCGUACCAAGUCGAAGGCUCUCCCGAAGCGGACGGACGAGGGCUCUCAAUCUGGGACACUUUCUCCCGCGACCCGCGUCACACAGAAGACGGAAAGUCGGGCGACAUCGCCACAGACUCCUACCGACGAUGGGAGGAAGACAUUGCUCUGAUGAAGUCUUACGGAGUCACCGCCUACCGCUUCUCGCUCUCGUGGUCCCGUAUUAUUCCCCUCGGAGGCAAGGACGACCCUAUCAACCCCGCCGGUAUUGAGUUCUACCGCAAGUUCAUGAAGGCGCUUAUUGCCAACGGAAUCGAGCCCAUGGUCACUCUCUUCCACUGGGAUCUUCCCCAGGCUCUGCAGGACAAAUACACCGGUUUCUGCAGCCGGCAAGUUGUCGACGACUUUGUUAACUACGCCAAGGUCUGCUUCGAUAACUUCAACGAUCUCGUCAACCUCUGGAUUACAAUCAACGAGCCCAAUGUCUACGCUCUCAUGGGACAUCUCGUCGGCACCCAGGCACCCGGACGGUCGAGCAACCGCGAGAUCAGCCCUGAGGGAGACUCUGCCACCGAGCCUCUGAUUGUCGGACACAACCUUCUCAUCUCGCACGGAGCUAUUGCUAAGCUCUUCCGUGAGGGAGGAUACAACCUUCCCGGUAAGAAGUUGGGAAUCGUCAUCAACGUCAACUGGGGUGAGCCCUACGAUGAUACUCCGGAGAGCAAGGAGGCGGCUGCUGACUUUAUGUCUGCUUCCUCGGACUGGUUUGCUCACCCUGUCUACCUCGGUGACUACAGCGAGCGCACCAAGCAGGUUCUUGGCCCGAACUUGCCCACAUUCACCCCCGAGGAGAUCGAGCUCGUCAAGGGCUCGUCGGACUUCUUCGGCCUCAACCACUACACCACAUAUCUCAUCCGCCGCCCUACCGCGGAGGUCUCUACUACCAACAUGUUGGGCCGAUUCAUGAAGGGUGUCGAAGUUACUGUCAACUACCCUGACGGAACCGAGAUCGGACCCAAGGCUGGUCUCAGCUGGGUGCGACCGGUUGCUUGGGGUUUCAAGAAGCUGCUGCAGUACCUGUACAAGACAUACGGCAAGGAUAUUUACAUCACCGAGAACGGUGUCAUCUGCCCUGAUGAGAACAAGACUCCUCUUCCCGAGGUCUUGAACGACGACUACAGAAUCAAGUACUUCAGAGACUACAUCGACCAGAUCAUCGCGCUGAAGGACACCGUCCCCGUCAAGGGCUACAUCGGCUGGUCGUUCCUCGACAACUUUGAGUGGCAGGAGGGAUACACCGCCAGAUUUGGUGUUACGUACAUUGACUAUGAGAAUGACUUGAAGAGAAUUCCCAAGAAGUCUGCGUACUACAUGACCGAGUACAUGGGCAAGGCUAUUGCGAAGAAGUGAUCAUUGUGUAGGGUUUUAUGUCAUAUAGCGCUA